AUGGGUCUCGGUGGUAGUAAUUUGAAGAUACCAGGAGGUGGUAGUGAAGGCUAUCAUGUUCUCCGUGUACAAGAUGGUUCACCGGGCCAUAAAGCUGGAUUAGAAGCAUACUUCGAUUUUAUUGUCAGCAUCAAUGGUAUCCGACUCGAUACAGACAACGAUAGAUUUAAAGAAUGUUUGAAAGAAAAUAUGGGUAAACCUGUAGAAUUACUAGUUUAUAGCAGUAAAACGCAAACAGUACGGCAAUUAACAUUAAUUCCACAUGAAAACUGGGGUGGUCAAGGUUCACUCGGCUUGAGUAUUCGUUUUUGCACGUUUGAUAAAGCUAAUGAAAAUGUUUGGCAUGUUCUCGAUGUUCAACAGCAUUCACCAGCAGCCUUAGCCGGUCUACGCUCUCAUACGGAUUAUAUUAUUGGAGCUGACACGUUAUUAAACGAUGCUGAAGAUUUAUUCACUUUAAUUGAAAGCAAUGAAGGAAAACCUCUUAAACUCUACGUUUAUAAUAGUGAAAGUGAUAUGACACGUGAAAUCACUCUGACACCAAAUGGCGGCUGGGGUGGUGAAGGUAGUUUAGGUUGUGGUAUUGGUUAUGGCUACCUUCAUCGAAUACCCAUUCGAACUGCAAGUUCACCAGCGGCUAUCAAACCUCAACCGUCUGGCAAUUCAGCAAUACCUGGUGCCACUGGUAAUGGUUUUGAUAAAGCAACAUUACUUCCAACGAUGCCACCAUCGAAUUUAAACACAGGUGGUAAUUUGAACUUUACUCUUCAACCAACAAAUAUGCCACCUAUAACUGUGACCAUGCCGAAUCUAUUUGUUCCGCCAGCCGCGAAUAUGAAUACAACUGCAACCAAUGAGACAAUAUCGUCACCGAAUGCCGGAUUUCAAGCAACAACAUCCACAACAAAUGUGGCAGCUCAACCUAUGAUGUCAACUACUCAUGAUCCAAGUCAAUUUGCGAAAUAUUUUGGUGAUUUAACAAUAAAUCAAUCAGCCCCAACACCACCACCUCUGCCAACAACAACUUCUGUACCUUCAACGAAUGCUGCAUUCAAUCCUACAUUUACUAAUACCCAAUAUUCUAAUCCAACUCCACCGCCACUAGCUCAAACACAACCCCGAACAAAUUCAGGCCCAAUCGACCAAUUCCCAUCUGCUAUGCCUCCUCCAACAAUGGCUCCAUUUAAUUUCGCACCGGCCAAUCCUCAACAGCCACAGUAUCAACAAUCACAGUAUCAGCAACCCCAGCAACAGUAUUUUCAACCAGUACCGCCAUCAUUAUUUUCUGACUCGCAACAACAACAACAACAGCCACCUCCAUUUCAAUUUAAUCCUGCCUUUAAUACGUAUCCCAACACAUUUAAUACUUCUCCGAUUCCACCACCCCCUUCAUCUGUGCAACAAUCCUCCCGUGCGUCUCCAUUUUCUAACGAUCACCAUGGUCAUUCACACGGCAGUGGUGCCAACGGACAUGGUCAUAGUCACGAUCAUGAAGGAGGUCAUGGUCACAGUCAUGAUCACGACGGAGGCCAUGGACAUAGUCAUGAUCAUUAA